AAAGUCAAGUUAACUUCUUCAGAAGGAACGGAAUUCAUAAUCGAUCGAAAAGUAGCGGAAAAAUCCGUUCUAUUGAAGAAUAUGUUGGAAGAUGUUGGCGAAAGUGAUAUGGCGAUACCUUUACCAAACGUUACCGGACCUAUUCUCAAUAAAGUUAUUGAUUACUGCACACAUCAUCAAGAUGAUCCGUUCGUAAGUCAAGAAGAUGAUAGUAAGAAAGUGAGCGAUGAUAUUGACGAUUGGGACGCAGAAUUCUGCAAGGUAGAUCAAGGAACAUUGUUCGAAUUAAUUCUGUCUGCUAAUUACCUCGACAUCAAACCUCUCCUUGAUCUCACUUGCAAAACUGUCGCCAACAUGAUUAAAGGAAAAACACCAGAUGAAAUUCGCAAGACUUUUAAUAUCAUAAAUGACUUUACACCAGAAGAGGAAGAACAUGUUCGUAAAGAGAACGAAUGGUGUGAAGAACGAUGA